CAUUUCAGAUUGGUUAACUAAACAGAGCGCGCGGCGCAAGCAGCGCGGAGCAGAACGCGAGUUUGACAGCUGCUGUUCCAACUCCCCCCUGCACAAGAAGGCUCCAACAAUAGCCCAAUCUAAAUCAGUUGCAUGGAACUUUCAACUUUAAUCUUAAUUAACUCUGCGGAGGUUGCACACCCAUCAUCCCUGGACCAGAGCGCUUGAGCGUCUCCCUUCGUGAAUUGGAAUAACUGGAUCCCAGCUAGACAAGCAGAAGAGAGGACUCAGGGGAGAAGGAGCGCUUUGAACUUUUCCUUUUCCCCUCUUUUUUUUCCUUUUUUAAUCGGAGCUCGCACUGGACCAGAGAGACGCAGUUCGCCCCCCUCUCUGAUGCGUCGAUUGCCCACAUUUAAAAAUGGUAGGAGUAUGCUGACAUUCGGACUACCCUCUGCCUUUUCUCCACUUCGAUUUUAUGCGAUGUCCCGAUUCAGAAUGCAGCCCUGUAUCAUUUUCAUCGCCUUUUUUCUCUCUGCGGCUCAAACCCAAGAUAUCCAUCCCUCAAAGGCAUCAUCCUCCAUCAGUGAGUCGUGUGACUCUCUGUGUUCCUGUGAGGCAAAGGAUGGUGUCCUUCAUCUUAACUGUGAGCAGAGAAACAUCAGCAAAAUCUCACAAAUCCAAAUCCCAUCAGGCGUCUCCUUCCAUCUGAACCUUUACAAAAAUGACUUAGUUGAGCUGCGAGUCGAGGAAAUGGAAGGGCUUAGGGGCGCCCUUUCUCUGCACAUCGGGGGUAAUAGCAUACAAGAGCUGGAGCCAGGGGUCUUUAGCACUCUUGGUUCGCUGAAAAAGCUCCACAUAAAUAGCAAUUUUCUCGUCACCCUGAAAGAGGACACUUUUCAGGGUCUGGUAAACUUAGAGUUUCUUCAAGCCGACACAAAUUUCAUUCGGAUCAUCGAACCGGGGGCCUUCAACAAACUUAUUCGCCUCAAAGUCCUCAUCCUCAAUGACAAUUCCAUUGAGUUUUUACCCAGCAACAUCUUCCGUUUUGUGCCUCUCACCCACCUGGAUCUACGGGGCAACAAGCUCCAAACCCUGCCAUAUGUAGGCUUUCUGGAGCAUAUUGGGAGGAUCAUGGAGCUACUUCUGGAGGACAACAACUGGAUCUGUGAUUGUGAUAUUCUCCAUUUAAAAACAUGGAUGGAAAAUAUGAGGGCCCAGUCAGUCAUCAGCGAUGUUAUUUGUAGCUCACCACAACACCUGAAGGGAACCAUUCUGGCCAAAGUCAAACGGGAUGUUUUGUGCCCGUUCCAUAAAGACCUUCCCAUUGAGGGACCACCGUCUUUGGAUUUAGUUGUUACGCCAUCAUCCCAAGUGACUCAGAUUCCUAAAUUGCAACCAUCCCAUAUUCCUGAAAAUCCUUGUGUGGAGCAUUGUUCAUGCCACACUCACCCAGUGGCUGGCUUCUUGAUGCACUGUCAGGACCGAGGAAUUCAGAAGGUGUCUGAUAUCGGAAUACUUCAGCAAAGCCCAACUAAACUGGUCAUGACAGGGAACAUGAUCCAGAAACUCUUGAAAUAUGAUUUUGUCACAUAUGAUAGUUUGGAAUUACUUAACCUGGCAAACAACCGAAUUGACUAUAUAGAUAAUGAAACAUUUCUCAGCCUUAGCAGCUUGAAAAAGCUUCAUCUGAAUGGAAACAGGAUAGAAAAACUUUUCUCCACCAUGUUUGUGGGUCUCCAUAACCUGGAGUACCUCUACCUGGAAUACAACCUUCUAAAGGAGAUUGCCCCAGGCACGUUCAAUCCCUUGCCAAACCUAAAGCUGCUGUCACUAAACAACAACCUGCUGAGUUCGCUUCCAGCUCAGAUCUUCCGUAAUGUGCCCCUGACCAAAUUAAACCUGAGGAAGAACCUGCUAAUGCACCUGCCAGUAAGCAACGUGCUGGAUCAGCUUGAUGCACUGGAGCAGAUCUAUUUAGAGGACAACCCCUGGGACUGCAGCUGCGAUUUGCUUAGCCUCAAGCAAUGGCUGGAGAAGCUCAGAAAAGACACAGUGGUGGGCCCUGUUCUUUGUCAUACCCCAAAGAAAGUAAUGCAGGAGGAACUGAGAAGUCUUCAUCAUGAAAAGCUAUGUCCCAGUUUGGGAACAUACCACACAAGGCCUCCAGGUGAUGAGGAAACGGCUACUGCCACGUUUGAGCCACCUGAGAAUUGGAGAAUUUCUCUGACCGACACCAUUCCUCUGUCAGUGCUAAUCCUCAGUCUCCUCGUCUUCGUCCUCAUGAUCAUAUUCUGCUCGGCCGGCUUGGUGGUCUUUGUGGUGCACCGGAGGCGACGAAGGGCCAAGAAAAAGGCAGCGGAGGACCCGGCAAGGGAAAACACUAGCAGCGCCUCUCCUAUCCACCUACAUUAUAGUAUGUACGGACAGAAGACCACUCAUCACACUGUUACCCAGAGAACAGGUCCCACAUCCCUGUAUGAGGACAGAUCCCACAGUCCAAUUGUACAGAUCUGCCGGAACCCCACCUACUGCUCCCAGCACAAAGGCCACAACUCUGAUCUUGAUUACAGCCUGGACGAUUCAAAGCACCACGUCUGCCGGAGCAUCAUGGAAAAAGAGAACACCUCCCCCCUAACAGGAAACCCAAAGUACAGGGCCAUAGCUGACGAAUGCCAGGCAGAGUUUGUUGCUCUUGGGACUCCCAGCUCCCUGUACAGGAACAUCUUGGAGAGGGAGAAGGAGCUGCAGCAACAGCUUGGAAUAACAGAGUACUUCAGGAAAAACCUGCCCCAACUACAGCCCACCACCGCCAUGCCGGUUCCAGGGCACCAGGAGGAGUUAAAGCUCAUGGAGACAAUAAUGUAUACAAGACCACGCAAGGUCAUGCUGGAACAAACCAAGAAUGAGUACUUUGAGCUCAAAGCAAACCUGCACACUGAGCCAGACUACUUGGAGGUUCUGGAGCACCAGACUGCAUUUAACUGAAAUGAAAUAUGUAUCUUAUCUGAACCAAGUGCCUUGGCCUGUUUGCCCUCCUGUACUUUCCACAGUGUGAAAUGUAUAAACAUAGAAAUAUGAUAGAAAUAUAUAUCUACACUCACAGGGACAUUUUUUUUUUUUUAUUGUAGCACAGAAUGUAACUGGUUUGAACUUUUUCUAUGCGCAUCUUGUGAGGUAGCUGGUUAAUAGUGAAAUAUUUUAGAAAUGAAUCAAUCAAACCUUUAUUUGCUGACACCAGUAUCUUUUGUUUUUGUACUUUGUGUCAAAUUUGGGCUGAUUUACGAUUUGUACUUUCAAAGGAAAGAAAAACAAGAGGUAAUAGUUGUGAAUCCAACAGGAAAGGAUGGAAUUUGCAUGAAAUCCCUUUUUCAAUCUUUUAGUGAACUUCUUGGUGAAUCCAAAUAAAUGGCGCUAGUAGAUGUAUUUAUGAGUUACGAUUUGUUGGACAUUUUAAUUUGUGUUUUAUUUAUUUUAAAACAGGGGCCAUAAAACGGAGGACAACAGAGGAGCAAGUUUGAAUCCAAUAUAAAGAAAAAUUAUAAAAUAAAUUUUUUUUUUUGGUUUAUCUUUAAAGUGCAUCAAAGUAACUCCUGUUGGCGGUGCUUAUGAUGGAUUUGGUAAAUUAAAAAUUCAUCAGAAUUUUUCUUUCCCCUUACCUGUGUUUGUACAUUCUAUAUCAAGUAUAGAGCUCCUCCAGUUACAAUCUCUGGCCAACUGGUUGGUGCAUCUCUAGUCAAUAUUUUCAUCUAAAUCAAACAAGGACGAAGCCGUCGCCGUCUGCAGAGCAGGCCUGGGUUAAAACCUACGGUGAAAUCCCCUCAAUCAGCUUUUUACAUGUGAUUAAAUUUUCAUGCUCCUUCAGUAGCCAAGUGAAUUGAUCCAGCACAACCCCCAGCUCAGCCUUCUCGCAGGAUAAAGCAGAUGUUUGGAAAGAAUCGAGUGAAUUUCAAUCAGUGCUUGACCCGAAUUCCGCUUAAUCAGUCUAUCCUGAUUCUGGCCGUGACCUGAUUACACCCCCUGUCAACCCCCUUCCCCCCGAGAGCAGCUUUAAGGCUGGAACCAGAAUGCUUGUUGUGCCGUAGAGUCAGCAAUUCAUCCAGCCAAGUACAUUGAAAAACAGGGAUAGGAGCAUGGUUACACUGCUGUCCUCCUGACAGAUGAUUGAUCCAACACGCUGCAGAGCUGCAGUCAGAGGAACUUUAUUUUUAUAAGAGCUGAACAGAUCAGUCAGAGUGGAGUACAGUACCAACACAACUUGUAAAAAACGCAUUGCACUAUUCAAACGCCAUAAGAUGGUGCAUGACAAUCAACAGGAGUCCUGCUGAAAUGGUUUAGUUUUAAUUUCUGCCAGAAUUGAGCCACCGAUACGUGCUCAUUUCACGUGCUUUUUGUAUGUGUGUGAGACCGAUGCCAUUAUUUUCUUUUGAAACCAUUAAACAACAUCCAGGAACAUUUUGAAAAAAAAGAAAAGAGAAAAAAAGAGACUUAAAGGACCAGAUUUAUGUUCCUGUUUUCAGAAACAGCUCAUGUAAGCACACCCUGUAGCUUUUCUAUCUUAACUAGAUUGA